AAAUACAAGUAAACGUAUUGAAAGCCUAUGUGAAGCAAAGAUUAAAAUCACACACAUCGUUGCAACCCAAACUGUUCGAGUUGAACACUUUAAAAACACAUCUGAUCAUAGUCACCCAAUCGAAGAUAGUGAUCUAAUAAAAAUACUGGAGGCUAUUCGACAAAUUGUAGCUCAAGAGGCAAGUAAACCUUAUACAUCGCCGAAUAUUGUUAUGACUGUAAAG